AUGUCUCAACAUCCUCAGUUCAGACUUAGCGAGUCUCGGUUUGAUAAGGGGUCCUUUUAUAGUAGGUUAAGACAUUUCCUGGAUGUGAUUGACCCUCGGGCACUCUUUGUGUUUGAGAAGAUAAAACAGGCGAUCUUCCAUCCAGACACUAGAGAGAAGAUCCCCAUUCCCCUUUGCAUGUCAGCACAGGAGAACUGGCAGAAUGGCAGGCAGCGUAUGUGGACUGAGCGAUUGGGAAAGUCUACGGGGAAGUCAAAAUUCUUUAAGGGAUACUUGGGUGUAGUCACCAGUGCAGUUAUGAUUGAGAGCCAAUUAGCUGCCCUGCUGGGCGGCGGUUUGAUGCCCUGGGGCACGACAGCCAUAACCACGGUGACGGCAACUACAAAUGGCCCCAUGCCUGUGGGAAGUUCAAAAUUGGUGCUUGCCUUGGCUCUGUCUUGCACUGAUGUUAUUAGCUACGGUGUAGCAAUGAUGAACUGCUUUAUGAAAAGACAAGUAAAGGCUGAUGAUUUGGUAUUCUCAUCACGGCUAUGUGUUGAUGAAGUCGUCAUUAAGCAGCCGUUGCCUUCAUUAAACCAGGACUGCUAUGGAGGACUCCUGCCGUGCACGCUAUCCCACAAGCCCCCACGUCGCACUGCGGCCCACAGUGAGGGCUGGGGGAGGUGUCGGAACAGAGUGAUCUCACACCACACAGAGGAAGUACUCGCCUUACUGCAGACACACCCUCGCCUUGCGCUGCCCAUGCACGGCUUGGUGUGUCUCUGCACAUUCAGUCUGGCUCUGCCUCUUGCCAUCAGUCUGUUCCCCAGAAUAGCCAGGUUGCAUGUGUCUCAGCUUGAGCCAAAGAUCUCUGCAGGAACUAAAUGCAAGUUCCUGACCUACAACAAAGAUAUGAUGAUGGAGAAAGAUUUCUGCUUCCUGCAGUAA